AUGCUUCACUACUUUAAUUUACUGGUACAGUUUACACUAUCAGGUUUUCGAGAGUUGACAAUGUAUGGAGGUUCUAUGUCUGGUAAAGAUGAUGAGUACGAUUAUCUGUUUAAAGUUGUACUAAUCGGAGAUUCGGGUGUUGGGAAAAGUAACUUACUCUCACGUUUCACAAGAAACGAGUUUAAUUUGGAAAGUAAAAGUACGAUCGGUGUUGAGUUCGCUACAAAGAGCGUGGAAAUUGAUGGAAGGACUAUAAAGGCACAGAUCUGGGAUACUGCUGGUCAGGAACGUUAUCGAGCUAUAACAGCCGCCUAUUACCGUGGUGCUGUUGGUGCGCUGUUGGUUUACGAUAUCACAAAAAGAGAGACUUUCAACAAUCUGGAACACUGGUUACUGGAGUUACGAGGCCAUGCAGAACCAGAUAUCGUUAUUAUGUUGGUUGGUAAUAAGUGUGACCUUAGGCAUCUGCGAACUAUAUUGACGGAAGAUGCGAAGCUUUGGGCUGAAAGACAUGGACUAUUCUUCAUGGAAACGUCGGCUUUGGAAUCCACCGGCGUUGAGAAUGCUUUUUACUCGAUUCUUAAAACCAUUUUCGAAGCUGUCCGUUCACAUCCUCCAGUGAGUAAUGUCGACAUGAAAAUGUCUCCAUAUAAUCAACCCAUUGUUUCAUCGAACACAGACAGUUCAAACAGUGGACGACGGUGUUGUAGUUAG